GCGGGGGAGGAGUGGAGAGAGUGAGAGGCGCCCCGCCCAGUCAGGAAGGUUGCGCGUGCUCUGUGCGACCGCCAAGAUGGUGGUGGGCGCGUUCCCGAUGGCGAAGCUGAUCUAUCUGGGCAUCCGGCAGGUCAGCAAGCCGCUCGCCAAUCGCAUUAAGGAAGCCGCCCGCCGAAGCGAGUUCUUCAAGAACUACAUCUGCCUUCCGCCGGCCCAGCUGUACCACUGGGUGGAGAUGCGGACCAAGAUGCGCAUCAUGGGCUUCCGGGGCGCAGCCGUCAAGCCGUUGAAUGAGGAGGCGGCCGCCGAGCUGGGUGCCGAGCUGCUGGGCGAGGCCACCAUCUUCAUUGUGGGCGGCGGCUGCCUGGUGCUGGAGUAUUGGCGCCACCAGAUGCAACAGCGCAACAAAGAGGAGGAGCAGCGCGCCGCCUGGAACGCGCUGCAGGACGAGGUGGGCCGCCUGGCGCUCACCCUCGAGGCGCUGCAGGCGCAAAUGCAGGCGGUGCCAUCGCAGAGCGCCGUGGAGGAGUUGCGGGCCCAGCUGCAGGAGGUGCACCCCCAGGUCUGCUCCCCGGACAGACCUCCCUCGACGCAGAAAGCGCCUGGUACCCGGGCAGCACCUGCAACCCAAGCAGCAACCACGUGCGAGAAAUAGGAGACAGUUGGAACCUAGACUUGGACUUGUGCCGGGCGCUCCACGUGGCCUUCUCCCCCAUACCACCCCUGCCUGCACUGGCCCAGCGGAAACCACCAGGAUCUUGGACUGAGGCUGAUUCAACUUGGCAUUCGGCCACCCCCCUAGUGACCAGACCAGUGGUAUCUUCCCCUGGGACCAGCCCCCAACAUCUGGCUGAGUGGUACCGUCCACAGUGCACCUCCCCCCAUCCACCCUAAACCACCAGACCUACAAGGUCCCAGCCCCCAGGACGUUGCGCUCCCUCUUCUGGCGAAAGAAAAAUGGAACCCAGGAGUAGGAGUAGAGCCUAAUCAACCAGUCAUUAAGUUAGCACACCCCCGUUUACAUGAUCAGCGUUACCUAUUUCUAGGUCGUUCUCAUUACCGCAGAACGCCCCUUCCUUUGGUCCACUGGUACAGGCCAUUGUAAGAAAAUGCACUGUCUUUCAAUUACCUUCUCUCACCUCAUCUUCUAAGGUGGGCUCCAGCUGGGCAGCACCCUCCACCGAGCCAUUAUGUCUUCUCCAUUAACCUGACCCAUGGCACCUUCCACUGGGAUGGUGGAUUGUUCCAACGGGCCUCCUCGUUCUUCAGUCUGGCACAAUCCUCUCGCCCCAUAAGUACCCCUUCUGUGAUCCAUUCUAGCAGGACAUGGCCCUUUGGGGUGGGAAAUUAGAGCCUGAUUAGGCGUCAUCCCUGCAGUGUGUUAAUCUCAGCCCCGCUUACCUGUCCCAAAGCCCCUAGACCUUGUACUGUCUGACUGUCCUUUCCCACCUUCCUCCCACGCCAUCCUCUUCAGUGGCCUUUCUCAGGGGCCUGCCAGCCCCCUCCCCGACAGCGUGAAGUAGAUUGUCACAUCCUCCCAUCUUCCAUCCAGGUACAUUGAUCUGUGAGCUCUCUUCCCUGCCUCAGGGCUGGGCUGGUCCCACCGCCCCCUUCAUGCAGUGGUGCCCACCCACCACCACAGCCCCAGAGCCCCACCCCCACCCAGGACACUCUUCCAGUUGUUCUGACCUCUGUGUGAGUGUCCUGGGGCCGCCCUCCCAAAUCACUGCAAACUUGGUGACUUAGAACAAGAGGAAUUUAGUUUCUUACAGUUCUGGAGGCCAGAAGUUCGAGACUGGGCUCACUCUACAGGCUCUAGGGGAGGGUCCUUCCUCGCCUCCGCUACCUUCUGGUGGUGCUAGGCGUCUCUUGGCUCUUGGCUCUUGGCUGCAUAACGCCAAUCUCUGCCUCCGUCUUCAUAUGGCCGUCUCCUCUCCUGUCUCUCACAAACACCUGCCAUUGAAGUUGAACCCGUUGCCCUCAAGUCGAUUGCAACUCAUGGCAAUCCUACAGGACACAGUAGAACUGCCUCAUAGGGUCUCCAAGGCUGUAAUCUUUUGAGAAGCAGACUGCCACGUCUUUCUCCCAUGGAGCCGCUGGUGGUUUCAAACCACUGACAUUUCGGUUAGCAGCUGCGCACUUACCCGCUGUGUCACCAGGGCUCCUUUCGUUGGAGUUAGGCCCACUCUAAAUCCAGGGUGUUCUCCUCUUAAGAUCAUUCACUUAAUCGUACUUGCAAAGACCCGUUUUCCGAAUAGGCUCACAUUCACAGGUUCUGGGGCUUAGGACGGGGACCUGUCUUUUUGGGGGCCACUGUUCAAACCACUACACCUCCCACCCAAGAGUACUCCAGGACCCCAGGAAGGGAAAAGUAUCCCCGCCAACCCUGUGGGGCAUUGGGGUUUUCUCACAUGGUGAGAGGAACAGUCUACUUCCGAGAUCCACUUCCCUCCCACUUGGGAUCUCUUCCAGGAUUGGGGGAGGCGUGGGAGCUCCCCUAGUCUGAACUCUGUUUGCAGUUAAGCAAAUGUGUCCUAAUGAAAGGAGCCCAGGGGUGAGAAGUCAUCUUAAGGGCAUGUCUGAGAACACAUCCUUCUGCAGGCUUCCAAAAUGGGUACGAGGCUCCUUAAAAUUAGGGGAGAAGCUGGGAGGAUUAUGAUGGGAGUAGGGGCAGAGCCAUCCUAUGAGCCCUUUCCCAGAUGGGGAAACCGAGGCCCAGUGAAAGCAAGGAGACUUGCCCAAUGCCCCACAGAUGAAGGACUGCCCCUGGCACCUUCCUCCAGGGCAGGGCAGCGGUAGGAGCAGAGUGUGAGGCUCAAGGGAGAGAGGCUGACAGGAGGGCCGGGUUAUCCUGGGUGCGGGUGCCUGAGGGUGCUGUUUCAGGCAAGAAGGAAGAAGAUUAGAGGAAGGCAGGUUGCUAGGGGGAGGGUUCUCUACACUGGCCCAGGGCAUCCCAGCGGAAGUGGUGAGAAUGGGGGCUCCUCACUCCCCUACCAGAGGACCCCAUCAUACCAGAGAUCUUACCAGUUGGCAUCGAGUUGAUUUCGACUCACAGCAGCUGUAUAUAACUGCCCCAGAGGGUUACCAAGGCUGUCAUCUUUACAGAAGUAGACUGCCACAUCUUUCUCCGGUGCCAGAGAUGUUGGCACUUAGUAAACCAGAUUCCUGAGAAGCUCCAGGUGAAGAUGGGUGGGGCGGGGCUGUCCCCCAUUUCCUUUCCCCUUCACCUUACUUCUUGGGGUUGGCGGGUUAAAAAUGACCUGGGGCAGAAGACCUACCCAAAUAGAAAACCUAAGAAUGGGGGUUCUGAAACAGAAUCUUAAUUGCUUCUAGAAGAGGGAGGGAAGCUUGUGUGGAGGAGCUGAGGUAUAAAUGUCCCCCAAGACUGGGAGUGACCUGAGUGGGUGAAAUGAUGAGGGGAGGAAGGAAAGAAAUGCCACUGCAUGAAGUGGGGGGAGGGAUGGAGCCAGGGGAGCAGGCUCAGUGCCUGGUGUCCAUGGUUACCCCUGGGGGGCCCAUUCUGACACCAACUCAUUUUUCUGGAGCCUGGGGAGCUGGAAGUGAGGGGCUAUGAUCCCUCGCCCCCCAUCAUGUCAACAAAUAGCAGUCGUAGUCUUAAACAGCUAAAACUGAUUGCCUCUGGCUAGGUGCCAGGCACUGUUCUAAAGUGCUUUACAGAAUCCCCACGUGGUUUUCUCCAUUUCAUUAAUGAGGAAACUGAGGCACAGAGACGGAAAGUCACUUGCCCCAGGUUGCACAGGCAGGUUCACUGCAGAAGUGGGAUGUGGGGGCGGGCAGUCUGGGCCAGAGCCCCGAAGCUCCUUCUCACUGUGCCAUGGCGGGGGCCGGUGGGGGGACCUGUUCUUACAUCUGUCACUUAAAACUCAGCCCCGCUAUGUCUUCAUACUUGGCCAGCCCUUGUGGGAUCCAGAGUCACAGCUCCACCCACAGGGGCAGGGGUGUGGGUGGAGGGGGGCGUUAAAGUGGAAAGAACCUCCUAAGGACGCUUGUAGCCGCGGCACAGGGUGGCUCAUCGUUCUCUGUCCUACUGGCUAAGUGUUUGUGUACACUUGUGAUAUUUGGGGAGGGGGCUACAAUAAAUUUGUAGAAAUGAA